AUGGAAAUGUAUCAUGGAUGCUACAACCGAUGCGGAUUAUAUGUUGCUGUGGAUACAAUGAAAGCUAGGUGGGCAAGUUAUCCGGCAGUGAUUACUUACGGUGAGAGAACAUGGCUUUGUCAUAAAAUCAAAUUUGUUACAUUUUGGACGAACCAAGUUCUUCACUUUGGUAACACGAGUAAUUGUAGAAUUGAGAGCCAACAUUCGGCAGUGAAGACGUGGUUUGAAUCAUUGAUAGGUUCUUUGGAUACCGUAUGGGCCCGAUUACAUUGUCAUAUUGUUAAUCAGAUCAUUGCAAUUUGUAAUAGUUUGGAGGCAUCAAGAUCGAAAAUUGGUGAGAAGUACAGACAAUUGUCACUAUCACGUAUAAAUGGCAAAGUGUCUCAACAUUGUUUGAAAAUUCUCGAUGAUGAAACGAGAAGGAUGAGGGAGUUAAGUUAUCAGGUGUAUGAGCGUUGUGGAUGUGCAAUGCGUGUAACCCAUGGUUUACCAUGUGCUUUCCAGAUACAUGAUUCGCUAGUUGCAUGGUCAGGCUUGUAUAUCAGGCAAAUUCAUUCAUUCUGGAAGACCUUGGUUAUUGGUGAUGGUGUUGAUAUACCUGUGUUCGUUAACGAUUCAACCGAGGAAGCUGCACAUUUUUGUUCCCUGGUUGAUAAGGUCAUUGGUAGUGAUCCUGCUAUACUUCGAAAUGUAUCUCGCAUCAUUGAAGAGGAGCUGCAUCCGGAUCAUACAAACCUUGAAGAACCACAUGUAAACCACAAUGUUCGAGGUCAACGAAGGAACAAUGAUACCAGGCGUGAUCCUUGUUAUUUCGAACAUAUAAACCGUCGAAACACUCAACGUGAGGAUCAAUGUGACAUCAGUCAAUGUAGGUAUUUGCACUUGCUUCCAAGACCAAUGUUGCCUUACAUCACGGCAUGGAAGGAUGUCAUUGGUGAUGGAAACUGUGGCUUUCGUUGUGUGGCUGACUUCUUCUUUGGUGAUCAAGCGCAAUGGUUUACCGCUCGGGAAACAAUAGCAAAUGAGGUCACCGCUCAUCCAAUGUUGUACGAAAGGAUUUACGGGAUUGGAAGGGUUUGGAUGAAUGUAGAAUGUAUUCGAUGGGAUGGUGGGGCAGUUGAUAUGUGGCAUUGGAUGGUAGCAAUUCAAGAUUUAUUUCCUAUUGCUACUUGGUUCAACGCAAGGGUGAUUUGUCUCGGUAUAGGUAGCGUACCAACCUGCUACUACCCAUGCAUAACGGUGUUACCGUUGCGGGCACGAAGCACGGUCAGGGCACCCUCUCGUGAGUUCGUGAUCACUACAGUUGGUGGGUCACAUUUCAUCGGUCUUGAUCUUGCACAAGAUUCACCUCUUCCCCGAUUGCAGGUUGGUGGACCGAGCACCACGAGCCAAGUGGUGAUGGAUGGGAUCAGCAAUAUGAAGUCAUAA